UGGAGCUAGGAGUGCGGCGCGGCGCCUCUCGGGCGCUGUGGCGGCGGUCGUGGGUGGGCGACUGGGACCCAGGCCCGGACCCCCUCCUCUGUUCCCGGGCCGGGCCGGGGCGCUCACACCUCCCGCAGCCCGGAGUCGCCGGACGGCGCAGGCGCAGUGCUUCUAGCGCCGCGAGGGUGUGGUGGGGUUGCGCGCCGGUGCGUUAGCUCCGCAUCUGCUUAGCCUGGUGCAAGCCUCGCUGGUGAGCCCACUGCAGGGUAUUUACAGAGCACUUUAAAUCCGAAGGGACCCAAUGCUGUUUUUAGCUAAGAAAAAUCUAGUUGCUCUUCCUUAUCACUGUCCAUUGCGUAAAAUGAAGGCCUGGAAGAAACAAAGAUCGGGAACAAGGGAAGUGUAAUGGAUGCCAAAGGUCAGGAAGGUGGUAAAGGAGUUGUGUUGUUCCUGUGCCUGGAUAUACUCGGAGACCUAACUGAUCUUGGAGAUAAUUGCUUUUGAAGACCAUGCAUCUAAUUUGGCUAUCCGGAGAAAGUAUUUCUAGGGUUUCCUAAUAAUUCUGUGUUAAUACAAGAAUGCAAACUCGAAGUUUAGCAGAUCACGUUAGUACGUAUUUUGGUACAUGGUUUUUGUAUUGCCUUUAAUGUGCUCUGUUAUUUACAAUUCUUUGUGAUGCGAUUGAAAAGAAAAAGAAAAGCACACCUGUAAUCCCAGUGCUCUUGGAGCCUGACACUGAAAGAUCAUAAAGUCGAAACUAGCCUGGGCAAUUUAGAAACUUUCUGAGACCCUGUUUCGAAGAAAGGGUGGGGCAUAUAGUUUAAUGCAAACAGUUCAACUUCCAGGACCAUCAAAACAAAAGUGUUCCCCACCUCCAUCCACACUUAUUGAGGUUUAAGGUUACCUCUGCACCCGGUGUCCAUGGUGGCAGGGACCAGGAAAUUUGUGGAGGAUUUUAGCUCAGAGCCUAUAUGUCCUAUGGAAGUGAGAGAGAGGAAAAACUUUUAUCUUUUAGAGGUCUUGCAAAUUAAACUAACAAGAGAGUUUAACGGGGGAAAGUUUUAGUAUAUAUGUAUAAAUGUAAGAUGUUGCAGCUAGGAGCUCAUCUAUUAUUACCGGCCCCAGGGUAAAUUGUCAUAGGAAGGUAAAUAUUUUGUGAAAACUAAGAGAAAGGAAGGGUUAUUCAAUAAAGUUUAUUAUGCCGACUUGAAGUGCUGCUUUUCCAUUGAUAAAAUGCUUCUGGGCCUGCAUAACUAGUUAAAGAUCUCCUAUACCAAAAGAGAAAAAAAGGCCUUUUUUUUUUUUUUUUUUUUUUUUUUUGCGGAACCAGGGAUUGAACUCAAGACCUUGCGCUUGCCACAUAGGUGCUUAUACUGCUGAGCUAAAUCUCCAGCCCCCAAAAGGCCUUUUUGAUGGUCUUUACAUAGUAAAACUUUUGUUUUUCUGUCUUUUCUUAAGUCAGGAUCUCACUAUGCAGUUCAGGCUGGCUUUGAGCUCACUGUAGCCCAGGCUGGUCUGGAAUUUGCAACAGUCCUGGCUCAACCUCCCAAGUGCUGGAAUUACAGGAGUGCGCCACCUCUUCCGGCUAACACAGUGAAAAUAAGUCUUUUAUUUAGAUCAGAAGGGCCAACGCAAACAAGCAAAUUGCUUUCAGUUUAAAAUCCCCUUUAGGAGGAAAUCUUUGCUGUUGGCUUCGCCUGUUGAUUAAAACUACUUUGAAUGAAUUAACUCAGUGUUUCUGGUUUUGAAUGUAGUUUGGGAGCACAGGAGGUGACUGCCUGAGCAGAGCCCAGCUGCAGUGCCCAGCAUGGAUGACUACGUGGUCCUGAGAGUGAUCGGGGAGGGCUCCUUUGGCAGAGCUCUUCUGGUUCAGCAGGAAAGCAGCAGUCGGAUGUUUGCCAUGAAAGAAAUACGGCUUCCCAAGUCUUUCUCUGAUAUACAGAAUUCUAGGAAGGAGGCUGUCUUAUUGGCCAAAAUGAAACACCCCAAUAUCGUUGCCUUUAAAGAAUCAUUUGAAGCUGAAGGACAUCUGUAUAUUGUGAUGGAAUAUUGUGAUGGAGGGGAUCUAAUGCAAAAGAUUAAGCAACAAAAAGGAAAGUUAUUUCCUGAACAUACGAUACUUAACUGGUUUACACAAGUGUGCCUUGGAGUAAAUCAUAUUCACAAGAAACGUGUGCUACAUAGAGAUAUCAAGUCCAAGAAUGUCUUCCUCACCCAAAAUGGAAAAGUGAAACUGGGAGACUUUGGGUCUGCCCGUCUUCUCUCCAAUCCCAUGGCAUUUGCUUGUACGUAUGUGGGAACACCUUAUUAUGUGCCCCCAGAGAUUUGGGAGAACCUGCCUUACAAUAAUAAAAGUGACAUCUGGUCCUUGGGCUGCAUCCUGUAUGAACUCUGUACCCUGAGGCAUCCAUUUCAGGCAAAUAGUUGGAAAACUCUUAUCCUCAAAAUAUGUCAAGGGUCCAUCCGCCCACUGCCGCCUCAGUAUUCCUGUGAACUUCAGCAUCUGGUCAAGCAGAUGUUUAAGAGGACCCCCUCGCAGCGCCCCUCAGCUACCACCCUGCUCUCCAGCCGCUGUGUGGCUCCCCUCAUCCAGAAGUGCUUACCCCCUGAGAUUAUCACAGAAUAUGGAGAACAGGUAUUAGAUGAAACCAAAACACAUAAACAUAAUACUCCAAGGAAAAUGGGCCCAAACAGAAUCAGGACUGCUUUGGGAAAUGAAGCAAACCGAAUGCAACAAGGAGAACAAGAAUCAGGUAAUCAGUCAGCCCAUCCCAGAAAAGCCAGUUCACCAAGUCCUCACAGGCGACAGUGGGAGACAGAUAAACCCAAUGCAGUUCUUUCAGCUUUGGAAAAUGCAUCCAUCCUCACCUCCAGUUUACCAGCAGAGGGUGACAGAGGUCAGUAUGGUCAGUGUCCUGCAGUGUCUGAGGGUGACUGGUUCCAGAUCCACGCCUGCUCGAGACCAUUGUGUGGUUCUGUAAUAACAUAUAGUGAAAAUAAUACCCGUAAGCAGUGGCUCAGAGAGACUCCUGAUACACUGUUGAACAUCCUUAAGAAUGCAGAUCUCAGCCUGGCAUUUCAAACGUACACAAUAUAUAAACCAGGUUCGGAAGGAUUCUUUAAAGGCCCUUUGACUGAAGAAACAGAAGCAUCAGACCAUGUCGAUGGAGAUCAGGAUUCUGUUAUUUUGGAUCCAGAGAGACUUGAACCUCGGCUGGAUGAGGAAGACACGGACUUUGAGGACGAUGACAAGAGCCACGAUUGGGUAUCAGAACUGAAGGAGCGAGUUGGAUGGCAGGCCCUGUGUGAAGGAUAGUGCCUUCAUCAUGCGAGGAAGAAGAGGAAUUCUUGUUUUCCUCUGUGCGAGGAAACAGAGGAAAGCGGGAGAAACUCUUCAUAUUUAAAAUUGUUCCUCUUUUGUAUGACUGAGCUUUUUUUUUUUUUUUUUUGUCUUUUUCUUUUUUAUCGGUACUGGGGAUCGAACUCACGACCGCCUACUUGCAAGGCAGGUGCUUAUGCCGCUGAGCUAAACCCCCAGCCCCAUGACUGAGCUUUUAAGACUGUAGAAUUCCUAGUCGGACGUGGUGAUGCAUGCCUGUAAUCCCUGUAAUCCCAGCACACAGGGAGGGAGGAGGGUCGUCUGAGUUCAAGGCCAGCCUAAGCCAGAGGGAGACACUGUCUCAAAAAAACAAACAAACAAAAAAACCAAAAUAAAACAACCUGUAAUUCCUAUGAGAUUUUUAACACAAUGGAGAAGAUAUAGCAGAUGGGUAUGAGCUUCAGGCUUUGCAGUCCAGUUGAUCAGAGAUUGGAUGCCAGCUCUACCACUGUGUGACGGUAGGACAUGACCUCUCACCUAUAAAGUGAGGCUUUGUAAUGCCUAUUCUCUAGGGAUGCUUUUACUAGUCUGCUGGGAUUUGUGUUUAUGACUACAUGAUACUUUAUACUUCCUAAAGAUCUGAGGUGCUAAAUAUAUUUAAUCAUAAUAGGA